AACCGCUUUGGCUAAAAUCACCGGCGCACAAUCUGUCCGUCAUUUACCCUUCAUGCCAGCAUCUCUGCGUCUGUAAGACUCGGGGUAUUCCUAACAUGGACCUGGAUGACGUUACAGCUGAAAUCCUUUCUGAGUGGAAGAGCCAUGAAAGCGCUUUUGGGGAAGACCGGGACUCGCUUCUGUCCGCAUCACCAGAGUCCUCCAUGGACUCCAUGUGCUCCUCACCGGAGAUGUGCUACUCCAGCGGGAAUCAGGAGCUCAACGAUUUCUCAUUCGGUUUCUCCGGACGCAGGGCUACAUCGACAGCGCAGAGGCUGGGCAAACCCAAGAUGUCCACCAAAAGACGCAUGAAGGCGAGCGAGAGGGAGAAGAUGCGGAUGAGGAGUCUCGCAGAGGCUCUCCACCACCUCCGCGACUACCUGCCGUCAGACUACAGCAAAAGAGGCCAACCCCUGACCAAAAUACAAACCCUUAAAUACACUAUUGAAUACAUCAACCAGCUUUCAGGCAUCCUGAGCCGCGCGUAACGAAAGCAUAUGGACCACUUUUACGCGUCAGGUGUAGGCCUCCUCUAUUCUGGACAUUUGAUGGAGUUAGUAGUUGUAUCGCUCAUAAGAUGUGCAACAUCUUUUAGACAACGUGAUCAUUCAGUUUCAUUUCAUUAUGUUUCACUCUUUGUUUUUUUUGCCCUUCUCUUGGUGUAAAUAUUGUUUUUAGUGGGCACUUUAUUUUUGUACAUGAGACUGCCUUGAUUGAAAUAUGAAUUAAAUCUUUUAAAGAAAGA